CGACGUGAGCCAAGUUACUUUGGCCCAAACUUCCAAAACUCGGCGAAGGGGCGUUCUUCGUCUUUGGCAGGCGGGGAUAUCAGGCAUCCUCCAAUGCCCGACCCCUUUGUCAAACGCCCAAACCCCUACCCGCAACGCGUGAAGGAAGAACACGAUGCGUAUAAGGUCCGAGACGAUGAAUAUGCCGCGGCUAAGAAAGCUGCCAGCAAGGCCAAUGGGGCGGCCGGCCUAAAGCCAAGCGAUCCUCUCUUCAGAGAGAGAGUAGAAAGGAGCAUUGAAGCCAAUGCGAGCGCCAGGGUCGCGGCUAAUACUGCCGCUGCCUACAGAAGUGGAUUUGGCCAUAAAUAUCCAUAUGCGUAUGAAUCUCCGGAGAAGGUAGCGGUGCAUCAGUAUCACGCCAAGGAAUAUAAGAAAGCCGGCGCCACAUCGAGAAGGAAAGAACAAGAGAUGCGCAAAAAACUGCAUUGA